AUGAAAGAAAAGUCUAAAAAUGCUGCCCGGACGAGGAGGGAGAAAGAAAACAGUGAAUUUUAUGAACUGGCUAAAUUACUGCCUUUACCCUCUGCCAUCACCUCGCAGCUGGACAAAGCAUCCAUAAUCAGACUCACGACCAGCUAUCUCAAAAUGAGAGUGGUUUUCCCAGAAGGGCUUGGCGAGGCGUGGGGCCACACCAGUCGAACCAGUCCCUUGGACAACGUUGGUCGAGAACUCGGCUCUCAUCUACUACAGACUCUGGAUGGCUUCAUCUUCGUGGUGGCCCCAGAUGGAAAGAUCAUGUACAUUUCUGAGACAGCUUCAGUUCACCUGGGCCUUUCUCAGGUGGAGCUGACUGGGAAUAGCAUCUACGAAUAUAUCCACCCAGCUGACCAUGAUGAGAUGACAGCGGUGCUCACGGCUCACCAGCCCUACCACUCUCAUUUCGUCCAGGAGUAUGAGAUUGAACGCUCCUUCUUUCUGAGGAUGAAGUGUGUUUUAGCCAAGCGGAACGCUGGCCUCACUUGCGGUGGCUACAAGGUCAUUCACUGUAGCGGCUACCUGAAGAUCCGCCAGUACAGCCUGGAUAUGUCGCCCUUCGAUGGGUGCUACCAGAAUGUGGGCUUGGUGGCUGUGGGUCACUCCCUGCCUCCGAGCGCUGUCACAGAAAUCAAACUACACAGCAACAUGUUCAUGUUCCGAGCCAGUCUGGACAUGAAGCUUAUUUUCCUGGACUCCAGGGUGGCGGAGCUGACUGGGUAUGAACCUCAGGACUUGAUUGAGAAGACCCUAUACCAUCACGUGCAUGGCUGUGACACCUUCCACCUACGCUGCGCGCAUCACUUACUGUUGGUGAAGGGGCAAGUGACCACCAAGUACUACAGGUUCUUGGCGAAGCAAGGCGGUUGGGUCUGGGUGCAGAGCUACGCCACCAUCGUUCACAACAGCCGCUCCUCGAGGCCGCACUGCAUCGUCAGCGUCAAUUACGUUCUCACAGACACAGAAUACAAAGGUCUGCAGCUCUCCCUGGACCAGAUCUCAGCCUCUAAGCCCACCUUUUCGUAUGCUAGUAGCUCCACCCCCACCAUCACUGACAACAGGAAGGGGAAUAAGUCUCGCCUAUCCAGCACCAAGUCAAAAUCCAGGACCUCCCCAUAUCCCCAGUAUUCGGGAUUCCACACUGAAAGAUCGGAAUCUGACCAUGACAGCCAGUGGGGUGGAAGUCCCCUGACUGAUACUGCCUCCCCACAGCUCCUGGACCCAGAGAGGCCUGGUUCUCAGCACGAAGUGUCAUGUGCCUACAGGCAGUUUCCAGAUCGCAGCUCCCUCUGCUAUGGCUUUGCACUGGAUCAUUCCAGGCUGGUGGAGGACAGGCACUUCCACACUCAAGCCUGUGAGGGAGGCCGCUGUGAGGCAGGCAGGUACUUCUUAGGAGCACCACCAACUGGCAGAGAUCCCUGGUGGGGAUCUCGAGCAGCCUUGCCACUUACCAAGGCCUCCCCAGAGAGCAGAGAAGCCUAUGAGAACAGCAUGCCGCAUAUCACCUCUGUCCACAGAAUCCAUGGUCGAGGUCACUGGGACGAAGAUAGUGUGGUCAGCUCUCCAGACCCUGGGUCAGCCAGUGAAUCAGGUGACCGGUACCGCACUGAACAGUAUCAAAAUAGCCCGCAUGAACCUAGCAAAAUUGAAACUCUCAUAAGAGCCACGCAGCAGAUGAUAAAAGAGGAAGAGAACAGAUUACAGCUAAGGAAAGCGCCUCCAGACCAACUGGCUUCCAUUAAUGGAGCUGGGAAAAAACAUUCUCUCUGUUUUGCAAACUAUCAACAGGCUCCACCAUCAGGUGAAGUCUGCCACAGCUCUGCUCUUGCCAGCAAUUCACCAUGUGACCAUAUCCAGCAGAGAGAGGGCAAGAUGCUCAGCCCUCAUGAAAAUGACUACGACAACAGUCCCACUGCACUGUCUCGGAUAAGUAGUCCCAGUUCUGACCGCAUUACAAAGUCCAGUUUGAUCUUGGCUAAAGACUAUCUACAUUCAGAUAUGUCUCCUCAUCAGACAGCAGGAGACCAUCCUGCCAUCUCUCCAAACUGCUUUGGCUCCCACCGGCAGUAUUUUGAUAAGCAUGCCUAUACAUUAACUGGAUAUGCCCUGGAACAUUUAUAUGACAGUGAAACUAUUAGAAACUAUUCCUUGGGAUGUAAUGGCUCACACUUUGAUGUAACUUCCCAUCUGAGGAUGCAGCCAGACCCAGCACAAGGACACAAGGGAACAUCUGUUAUAAUAACCAAUGGAAGCUGA